CUUGGCCUGACUGAGAGGCCGGCAGGGCGGGCAAUGGGCUCCCACAGGCACCAGGCGGCCCUGCGGCUGUACGACUGUCUGCUGCACACUCCAGCUUAUACCUCCUGGUAUUGUCGAGGUCCAGUGAUGUGUUCUAUGUAGAUGUCCCUCGACCGCCUGGUGGCGUCCAACACCAUGAGUUGCCGCAUGAACUGAGCGUAGCGUUGACUGAUUCCACGUUCUCUCAGCACUCGCUUGUUACCGAAGUUUCCAUGCGCCCAGGGCUCUGGCGAGUAUAUAAUGAAGGAAACAAAGGUAUCCCCAAAGACCCAUUUCCGUUUGAGGCUGAUGUCCAAGUACAUUUAAUUGGCGAGGGUUGCAGAAGUCCCUUAGAAAGUUUUUGGAAUGGAAACAGUAUGAUAUUCAUUAUGCAGAAAGCGGGACAUGCUGAACUAACCGACCAAAUGGAAGAAUCACAAAUAGAUGAUGCCACUUACAUUUCGGAGUUUACACCACAGAGGGGUUCUGGACCAGUUGCUCUAUCUGUUACAAGAGGAAAGCAACUGAUUUCACUCUAUACACUGGCACAAAAUCCAAACAUGACCCAUUUGAAGAUAAGCAAACCAGUUGUGCUUCCUCCCCUGUGGGUAAGAUGUGACAGCUCUGACCCUGAACAUACCUGUUGGCUAGGUGCUGAGCCUCUCAAAAAUGGGAACAAAAUCACAGGGAUCAGUUUCCAUAUAGUUACAUGUAAUGGUCCUACAGCUGACAAAACCUGUUUUGCAAAUCUAGAAGACCUCAAAAAGGCACACAAAUUCAGACAUCGCUCAUCUGUUGUGGCAACCAAAGGCUUUGCUCAAUAUGAGCUCAUUCGAUCCACUACAUUGGAGGAUACAGUGGCUGAAUCAGAGAGUAAUAUAUAUGUUGAUCUUACAUGGAAUAUUGUGGAUAAGAUUCUGCAGACACCUCCACUCACUGCAGCGGCGACACUGAACAUUAGAUUGGAAUCCGGGGACCCCAGGAGUCCUGUGUUCCAGUUGCAUAAAGAAUUGCUGUUUCUCCUUGUUUUGGCUGAAGGCUUGAAGACUGGUGUGACUGACUGGCCUGAGCCUUUGGUAGCUGAAUCAGCGGUUGAACUUGUCAAGGAUCUUCUGAAUGAUUUAAAGAAUAAACUGGAUGGGUUUAAUACAUCAGUACAUAAAAAUGAUGCGGAGAAAGUCCAAUGUGACUCUGCUGCAGUCGACAGUUCAAUAAAAUCACUUUUUAGUGAGCGAGGGGACCUGGAUUUUGCUGAACAGUUGUGGUGCAAAAUGAGGAGGAGUGUCGCUUCCUAUCAAGACUUGGUAGAGUGUUUCACACUGAUCAUAAAAUCCCUAGAACAUGGUGAGAUACAGCCUUGGAUUCAUCAAGGGAGUGGCAGUUUACUAAGCAAAUUGAUUCAACAAUCCUAUCGUGGAGCUAUGGAGGCUAUUUCCCUCAGUGGUGUCACUCCAAUUCAAAUGCUUCUGGAGAUUGGUCUGGACAAAAUGAAGAAAGAUUAUGUCAGUUGUUUCAUAGGCCAAGAACUUGCAACAUUAACCUAUCUGGACUACUUCAUUUCCACAUCAGUAGAGCUACAGGAGCAGGUUCAUCGCAUUCAGAAACUUCAUCAUAUGCUGGAAAUAUUGGUCAGCUGCACAGUCUUUCUUCACUUCAAACAUGAGAACCUCUUCCCUUUGAUGCAGUCCUGCAUAAAAUAUUACAAAGAAAAUCCUCUGAAUGAGAAGCAUGUGUUUCAGCUACCAAUCAGACCAGCUGUUGUCAAUAAGUUCUAUCAAAAUGAUCAUGCACAAAUAUGGAGGGUGGAAAUAAAUAGUGGACAUGGUCAGAAGGAGGUUAAAACAGUAUGGCAGCUUAGUACUAGUCCUCCUGUUGAACAUAUGACUUCGAACAACCUAGAACUACUUUGUGAUACAACAGUUAAUGGAAACACCGAAGAAAGUAUGUAUUUUAUUACCAUGGCUAACUGCAGUCAGGUGCAUUUUGCAUAAAAGAAUGCUGUUGUACAGAUAGAGGCUUGGAAGGUACAGUAAAUGGAAAAUAUUGUCAGCAUAUCUGCUUCCCCAAGUAUAUCUAAAUAUAUUUUAUGGUUGGAAGAAUGAUACCCUAUAUUUGGUAGUUAUUUGCUGUCAUGUGUUGAAGUUAGAAUCCGCAUAGACCUAUAAUUCAACAGUAUGUGUACAGUUUGUUUAAAUACUUUGUAACAUGCAGUAAUUUUUUAAAAUUAUAUGAAAUGUAAUUGCUUUAAAAACUAAUUUUGAUAGUUUAUAAAUUAUGAAUAUUCUACUUUACAUUGUUUUAAUUUUAUUUUUUUAUUGCUUAUUGUACAAUGUAGCUGACCAAGAGCAAACAGUGUUGUAGAAUCUUUGCUGGUGUCACAUGAUGUUACAUCAGUAAGACAUAUUUGGAGAGAUGCUCUUCCAGUGCCAUAUAAACUUUGUAAAAGAACUUCAGUUUUCUCUAGCCCUAUAUUUAUAUUUUAGAGUUGCUCUUCUCAUCCAGCCCAAAUUCAGCAUGCCUUCAAAUGCAAAUAAUUGAUUUUAAUCACUUUUUUCAUUUGUACUUUUGAGUUAUUUUCAUAAAGAACAUUCAUAUAACUAUUAAAACAUGUUGAUUUGAUUAUUUACAGUUAAAUAUAGCCUUUAUGUUAGAUUUGGUACCACAUUUUGCUAGGAGGAUGUACAUUUAUCUAAUUAGGUAGCAUAACAUACAUUUGUUCAGUAAUUUGAGGUUAAGAAACUGUAAGUACUGACAUUUGGAAAUAAGUAACUGCCAGCAUUCAUCCCAUUGUCAAAAUUGAAAAUGAUAUAGAUUGUACCAUAUUAUUAAGUUUGACCUCAAAAUGUAGUUUAAAUAUGUUUUCUCCCUGAUUUUAUAUGCCAAAAAAGCAGCCUUUAUAGUUUGAAAAGGGCUCAUUGAAUCAGUGUGUGAGAUUUUUAUUUAUUCAAAUUUAUAUAAAUUAUUUUAAUAGAUUAUAGUCAGUUUAGGCCUUAGCAUAGGUUGUCAUAAAUUCAAAUUUAAAUUAAUUAAUCUGUCUUGAAAAAUAAAAACACAUUUAAAUUUAAAUUAAAGUUAAAUUUUAAAAUACAGUUUAAAUUUGUGGGUUUUUUAAGUCAUUGACUUUUAUUCACUCUUCUUGAAUAGAAACUAAGAAAUCUAUCCAUUUUGUGCAGUUAACCUGACAUCCACAAAUGAGUUUGUGUUUUGGAAUUUUGGUAUAAGUUGAACAUAAAGUCUUGUUUUGAAGGAAUCAUUUCAGGCCAAGCAAUGGCAGGUUGCAGCCAUACUCUGGAGCUAGUUCAGUUCUGUAUAAGCAGGUGCAUCUUGAUUAAGCUGUAGCAGGACUGAAUUUGGUAUCUUAACUCACAUGUCCAAGUCCUUGGAUCACAUUUUUUUGUGUAUGCAACAUUCUCUAAUAAAGAAAGAGAUGUAUGUUUAAUAAAUAGAAUCCUAACAAAUUCACAAUGAAAAAUAUGUAAUGGAUUAUGAAAUCUGAUUAUUGUCGCAGUAUUGCCACCCUUACUUCUGCACUGCUGCUAGCGGCAGCGCUGCCUUCAAAGCUGGGUAGCCAGAGAGCAGCAGUCACUGGCCAGGUGCCUAGCUCUUAAGAUAGCAUCGCCACCAGCAGCAGCGCAGAAUUGAGGGUGGCAUGGUAUGAAGGGGGUUGUCAUUUUGGGGGGGGAGCAGAGCUGACCCUAUGGUUGGGUGACGUUGGUGACUGUCCAAGGCACCGUGGUCACUCCCCACACACACAUAGCCAGCCUAAAGUCCCUUUAACCCCCGAGCGCUGGGCCAGGAGCAGGGCUGGGAGUUCUGCAGCUGGGGGUGCUGUGUGCUGGGCUACAGCUGCUAGUCCUGGUUAGGCUGGGGAAGGAGUACACUUCCUCUUCCCCUGCACGGGCUGCUCCCAGGGUUGGGUCAGCCCUACAACCAGGAACCUCCCCUGGCUUCAGGAAGCUACGUGGCUGCUGGCUGGAAGCCUAGCUCUGAAGGCAGCACCGCCACCAGCGGCAGUGGAGAAGUAUGGGUGGCAAUACCAUACCAUGUCACCCUCGCUUCUGCGCUACUGUUGAUGGUAGGCUGCCUUCAAAGCUGGGCUCCCAGCCAGCAGCUGCCACUCUCUAGCUGUCCAGCUCUGAAGGCAGCAGUUCAGAAGAAAUGGUGACAAUACCGUGAACCCCUACAAUAGUGUUGCCACCCACCCCCCGACAAGCCCUUUCUAGGUUGGGACCCCCACGGUUACAGCACUGUGAAACUUCCGAUUUAAAUAUUGGAAACUGAAAUUUAUGAUUUUUAUAAUCCUAUGACCAUGAAAUUGACCAAAAUGGACCAUGAAUUUGGUAGGGUCCUAAUGUUGAGGUAGGUGUAGUGGCCUAAGCAUAGGACUGGACAUCAGGAUUCCUUACUUCUGGUUCUGGCUCUGACCAUAAGUCUGCGAACAAGUCAGUUAGUCUAUCACAUUUAUUCCACUUGUGUGCAAAAUUUAAUAAUACCUAAUUAUUAUUGUAUGGGGAUGACUAGUUAAUGUUUAUGCAAUGACAUUAAGAUUUUGAAGUACGAUAUGCUGUAAGUAUCCUGUGUUCAUAUUUCGUAAUUAGCACUUCAUCACUAUUUUCAAUUACCAUGGAGCAGGUUGAAAACAGAACUUGCCAACAAUCUACCUAUUCUUGAAAUAUAUAUCGGCAAGCUUUGAAACAAUUUAAUCUCAGCCAACUGUUGCCCUAAUGAAGAAAAUGCAUACUUUGCAAAACAUGAAGGAAGAUAAAGCCUGCAGUUGAAUUUUGAUAGAAAAUAAUACUGAGACAUGAAUUGCCUUUGUAAAAUUUUAAAUUACAUCUUAUGGGUGAAUUGAAUAAAAUGUAGAAGCAACAAUAUGUACACAAAAGUAAAGCUCAAUGUUUUUUAACAUUACAGUGUUACGUAAAGGAGGCAUCUGUGGAAACUUUUAAAACAAUGUUAGAAUAAGAAUGGCAUUUUACUGCCUAUGCAAAAUGAAGAUGUUAUGUAAACUUGUAGUUUUAGUUGUGCUUUCGAAGGAGGAACAUUAAUAGAAUGGCACUGAUAAGUAUGCAGAGUGUGAACACCGUUGGUACAACAAUCUCAGUCACCAUUUCCAUGUGAGUAGUCAAGGGAUCUGAAAUUUGAGAAGAGAAACAAUAAUAGAUAAGAGCUGUUCUAAUGGAAUAAUUUUAGUUAUUUGUUCAUUCUAUAUUUUAAGCAGAGAUGAAUAGCUUUGAAUCUUUUUGAACAUAAUUUGUUUAAAGCUAAAAUUAAUUUUUUUACAUUGACAUCUGCAUUAAACUGGCAUCACUUGAAACAACAGAGAGAAAGAAAUUGUAAAAGAUAGAAUAAACAUGUUUUAUAUAUUUUGAAGAUCUGCAGCAAGUUUAUAUUAAACUCUCUUCAUCUACAUCUUUUGUGGUAAAUUCUGAAACACGUCAGUGCUCAAAGGGCUACAAAAAAUUGUGCUUACCAUGAAUUAGUCUCAGAAUAUUAGCAGCAGUAUUCCGCUGUUCCUCUGAUUUUCAAGGAAAAGGGGAAAAAAGAAAAUAGUCAAAGAAAGAUCUUUGGAAAGCACUCUAACCCUUUGAGGACUGCAUUGUAUCUCUGUGGAAUUAAAAUUAAAUUGCUUCUUUAAACUUUUAUUUGGUGAUUGUAAUACGAAGUGUUUUGAUGCACACUAUUAUUAAAAAAUAUUUCUAUAUUAGUAGCCCUCAAAGAGUUGAAUGAGAAACACACUUAAGCUAUAGUGAUAUGUUAAUUCAUAGGGAUGGACCCCUCAUAUCUUAAUCCUACAGUAUGGGCCACACACAUGUACCAUAUUCAUCCCAUCUUCCUUAAUGGUUUCAGGUGUCCACUCAAAUAGAGUUUUUCCCCCAGUUCAGGAACUGAUGACCUCUUCACAAGCCCCAGCAUGGGAGAUGGAGAUGGAGACAGAAGGGAGGUGUUGGAGGCAGGCUACAGCACUGUGGAUAUUCUGGGUAGUACUGUGGUUUGUAGGGCAGUGUAGGGAAGCUGCCUUAAUUUUGAUUCUGAGAGCCUGUCCAAUUUAUGCCAGGAGCUUCUCCAGUCCCCAGAGCAACAAAGCACAAAGGUGGUUUAAAGUCAUCUUAGUUCUCCCUCCCACUGGACUGCGAGUUCUCACCCCUAGUUCUUAUGCUCAUCAUCCAGAGGCUACACAUUUGCCUUUUUUUUUUUUUUCCCCUGUUGCAUGAUUACCCUGGGUUCGGUUUUUGUUUUUGUUUUUGCUUUUAUGUUUGAAAAGGGCAAACAGUCACUGAGAAAUGUUAUUAUCUGCAGAAGUAAGUUUUUAACUGCUGUGACUCCUCAGUGUUUUUACUAUAAUUCUUAAGAAAAGAAAAUUCAGAAAUAUUAAAAAAACUGUAAUACAAUCCUGUUAGCUGCACUAUUUUGAAUUACUAGUAGUAAAUUACUGUUUGAGUCUGAAGUUUGUCAUAAUUUUUAAAAAGAUUUGGCUUUCUGUUUUCAAGGAGAAAAUAUUUAUUGAACCCAGUUGUAAUGUUCAGUCACAGAAAUGUUUUCCCAUUAAACCCGUACAAUAUAUAUUUACAUUUAUUCUGUCUUACUCAUCCAGUAAUUACCUGCAGCAAGGAGUUGGUUUGUGAUAGAACAAGUCUCUAUAGCCUUUUGGUGCCAACUUUUUACCUGACAAAAAUCAAUAUUAUUUGUUAUUUGAUGUGAUACUAAUGGUUUCACCAAACUAUUAAUAUAUAUUGUUUUAUUAGCACCAUUUUCAAUGCCUCUGAACUUUAGUCAUUUACAAAACUUUCCAGUACUCUUAUUCUCACACUACAUGUCAAUUGUAUGACAUUUUAUGUUACUUUGUACAUGUUAUGAUGAAUAUAUUAUUAUUUUAAUACGUUUUCAUGUUGUUUGUUUGGGAUGAUACAAAAUAAACUGGAAAACCCAUUCAA